AAGGAAAAUGGGGAAGGGAAGCUGGUAACCAUAGUCUAUGGCAGCGAUCUGGUCAACAUCUCCUUCCUCAACUUCCAGGCUACACAGGAAGACGAAGCAAAGAUUUGGACAGACGAGCUUUUCUCAUUGGCCACGAACAUCCUUUCCCAGAAUGCUUCACGGAACACCUUCCUUCUUAAAGCGUACACUAGGCUAAAGCUUCAAGUGAACCAGGAAGGGAAGAUCCCAGUGAAGAAUGUUCUCAAGUUAUUUUCUGAUAAAAAGCGAGUGGAGGGGACUCUGGAGCAGUGUGGUCUUAUCAACAACAAGUCAGAUGGAAUACCAAAAGAUGAUUUCACAUGGGAGGCUUUCCAGAAGUUUGUUGACCACUUGUGUCUCCGUCCUGAAAUACAAACCAUCUUUGAAGAGAUUGGCGCCAAAAGGAAGCCAUUCAUCUCUUUGGACCAGUUCAUGACCUUUAUCAACUGCAGACAGCGAGACUCACGGCUGAAUGAGGUGCUUUACCCCCCACUGAAGAGAGAGCAAGUCCGACAGAUCAUGGAGAAAUAUGACACUAACAGUCUGCUGGAGAGAGACCAGAUCAGUUUGCUGUCGUUCACUCGCUAUCUGGGAGGAGAGGAAAAUGGCAUUGCACCCCCAGAGAAGUUGGACAUCAUCGAUGAUAUGAACCAGCCGCUGUCUCACUACUUUAUCAACUCCUCACACAACACAUACCUCACUGUGGGUCAGCUGACGGGUCUGUCCUCCGUGGAGAUGUACAGACAGGUUCUGCUGACGGGCUGUCGCUGUGUGGAGCUGGAUUGCUGGCAAGGCCGCCUACCGGACGAAGAGCCCUACAUCACCCACGGUUUUACCAUGACCACUGAGAUAUCCUUUAAGGAGGUGAUUGAAGCGAUAGCAGAGAGCGCCUUCAAGACUUCCCCCUACCCUGUCAUCCUGUCCUUUGAAAAUCAUGUGGAUUCAGCGAAACAGCAGGCCAAGAUGGCAGAGUAUUGCAGGACAAUCUUUGGCGACGCUCUGCUCAUUGACCCGCUGGAGAAAUACCCGCUGGUCCCGGGUCAUCCACUUCCCUCACCACAGGAGUUGAUGGGGAAGAUACUUGUUAAAAACAAGAAGAAGCAUCCACAUCACCGGCCCUCUGAGAGUCGCGGCAGUAUACGUCGCAAAGAACCAGGGGAGCAGUUAUCUCCCAUAUCACCUUCUCAUGAUGGUGAGGGAAUCCAGAUCCUGUCCAAUGGUGAAGAAAAGCUGGCUGAGAGGUUGGUCAAGGACUCAGAGCCUCGCAAGUCCAUCGGAGGAGAAGGAGAAAGUGAGGAGGAUGAAGAGGAUGAACCAGAGAAAAAGCCCAAUUCUGAUGAGGGGACUGCCAGCAGUGAGGUGAACGCCACAGAGGAGAUGUCAACACUCGUCAACUACAUCGAACCUGUCAAGUUUAAGAACUUCGAGGUUGCAGCUAAGAGGAGGAAGUUCUUUGAGAUGUCAUCAUUUGUGGAAACCAAAGGCAUGGACACCCUGAAGAGCUCUCCUGUUGAGUUUGUUGAGUACAAUAAGAAUCAGCUGAGCCGAAUUUAUCCAAAGGGAACGAGGGUUGACAGCUCCAACUACAUGCCUCAGCUCUUCUGGAAUGUCGGCUGCCAGAUGGUGGCGCUAAACUUUCAGACGCUUGACCUUCCCAUGCAGCUGAACAUGGGGGUAUUUGAAUAUAAUGGCCACAGCGGAUACCUGCUGAAACCAGAGUUCAUGAGAAGGACGGACAAGCACUUCGACCCUUUUACAGAAAACAUAGUUGAUGGAAUAGUUGCCAAUACAGUCAAAAUAAAGGUGAUUUCGGGUCAGUUCCUGACUGAUAAAAAGGUGGGUGUGUAUGUAGAGGUGGAUGUUUUUGGACUUCCAACUGAUACUAAAAGAAAGUAUAGAACCAAAACCUCCAAUGGGAACUCACUGGACCCGGUGUGGGAUGAUGAAAUGUUUGUCUUCAAUAAGAUUGUCCUCCCUACUCUUGCCUCUCUGAGAAUAGCUGUGUUUGAGGAAAAUGGCAAGUUUAUAGGACACCGAAUUUUACCCGUGUCAGCCAUCAGACCUGGCUACCACUACAUCAACCUGAAGAAUGAGCUGAACCAGCCACUUCUGCUGCCCUCACUUCUGCUUUACACUGAAGCUCAGGACUACAUCCCAAACGAACACCAGGAGUACGCAGAGGCCCUGACCAACCCCAUCAAGCACAUCAGUCAGUGGGCUAAGAGAGAAAUACAGCUGGCUGACCUCAUGGUGGACAACACCGAGAAUUCCAACAACCAGGUCAGAGAAGGAGAGAUCAAAGACUCUGAACGCUUACCAGUGGAUCAACUCCCUUCUCCGGUCCAGCAGUUUACUCCCUGCCCCUCAGAUGAAUCCACUGAUGUCAUCAAGCCAUCUACUCCAGGUUGGGACACGCACAAAAUCCUGGUUCUUUCAGUAGAGGAACUGAAGCAGCAGAAGGGUUAUGUGAAACUUUUAAAAAAGCAGAGCAAAGAACUCAAAGAGCUGCGCAAGAAAAACCUUAAGAAGGUGAGUAAUCUCAACAAGGAGCAGAAGAGCCGCAGCACCCAACUUCAGUCCGACACCCAGAGGAGACGCAGCCAGAUGGAGAAAAAUCUCAAACGCAGUAUAAAGAAAAAUGAGCUGACUGCUCUGGAGCGGGAGCUGGAGAAGCAGACGGCCCAGCUGCGGGAGGGAAAUAUGCAGGAGCUCCUGAAACUUCGACAGAAGCUGCACGUACUAGAAAGAGAGAGGCAACAAACUCAUCUUGAAGAGGCCUUUCAGAAGUUGAAGGAGACGGCCGUUGAAUGCCAAUCAGCUCAGAUGAAGAAGCUCAGGGAAAUAUGCGAGAAGGAGAAGAAGGAGCUUCAGAAGAUCCUGGAUAGGAAACGACAAAACAGCAUCUUUGAAGCCAAGACCAGAGAAAAAGACAAGGCUGAAUCGGAACUGAAUGAGAUCAACAGGAAGCAUAUUCAGGAUUCCGUCCUUUUAAUCCGCAGGUUGGAGGAGGCACAGAACAGGAGGCAGGAGAAACUGGUGCUGAGGCAGCGGGAGGUGUUGCAGCACAUAGAUGAAGAGCUUCCAUUGCUUCAGGCCCGGUUGGAAAAGGAUCUGGAGGAGGAGCAGCAGCGACUACCUGAAGAAAUCUGCCACCACCUUCAUUUAGAGCGCCAAAACAAAGGUCUGCGAAAAGAUGGUCUGUUCUCGUCUUUCUCCAAUCACAGUAGCCCCAGCUCGGGUCCCGCCUCCAACUGCUCCACACCCUCUUACCCGUCAACCCCCAAUCGGAGCCCCUGGAACAGAAGCAUGGACAAUAGCCUGGCCUCACUGGCCGAUUCCACGUCCUCCUCCACGACUCCGGUCCUGUCCGAGCCCGAGUUUUCGUACAGU